AAAUGAGCAUUGCGUCAAAGGAUUCGUUUUGGAUUGAAUUCGAAAAUACAUUGACGGAUAAAGUGCUUAAUUUGAGUGCGUCACAUGAAAAUUAUCAAUCGCUACUGCAUGAACUGGAGACUUUAACUCGGCUGACAGUUGAGGAUGAUUUUAGGUUGUCAAUCCCCAAUGAAGUUCUAAAGCUUUUGCUAAAAAUCAUGCAGAAAUCAAUACAUAUUUCAUUAUCAGUUGAAUGUGCCCGCAUUCUAAGAAACAGUUGUGGGAAAAACUGGCAAACAUUCCCCCAGACAUGGAAUCAGUUGCUUGAAGAAUGCAUGCAGCUUUUAAAAAGCUUUCUUUCUAAAGAGUCUCCAGUGGAAGAAGUUGUGCUUUCCAAUAUAAUUCUUCAAUGCAUUGGCAACCUAUUAAACUUAUGGCCAAGUUUAUCUGGAACUAUAUGGGAUAAUCUUCAAAGUGAAUUGUGUAACCUAAUUUCACACCGUGAUGAGAAAAUAAGUUUGUAUUCAUCUUGUGUCAUGUAUGGAUUGCUCAGAAAUUCUGCCAUUAUGAGGGAAGAAAUUGUAGGCGAAAAAUGGAAAGACCUAGUAUCUGGGUUGAUUAUGUCUUCCCAUAAAGGGGUACUGUAUUCACAAUUUUCCAUCAAAUUAUACCUAUGUGACCAAAACCUGUUAGAAAAAAUGUAUGAAAAGCAAGAAUUAGGGUCGAGACUCCUACUCCUUCAUCAGAUUUCAGAAUUCGCCCCAGAAUGCGAAGUGGACGUCCGAAAUUGGCAAUUUUUCAGCCGACUAUUUCAAGAAAGAUCAAGCAUAAUUUUGCGAACUUGCGAAAGUUCAACGAUGGAUUUGGAAGCAAUGGAAGUGACUGGCCUGGUUGAGAUAUUGGCAAAAAGCUCAUCCAAUCAUGUAUGCCAUCGAGAGCUUUGCCCCGAUGAGGACCUCUUGGUUAUUACAAUUGAUUUACUUCGCAGCAUACAUUGUCUAGGCCAAUCAGGAUCAAACUAUUUUACGGCUAUUAACGAUCAUUUUGGAUCCGUUGAACCUCAUCCGGCCUUAAAUUUCAAAUGCAAUUUGGUGCGUUUGCUUGGAAAUCUUUGUUUCAAAAAUCCUACUGCCCAAGAUCGAGUCCGUGAGCUCGAAGCUAUCGCGCCGCUUCUCGAGUGCUGCAACUUGGAUGCCCGUAACCCAUUCAUCCAACAGUGGUCUAUUCUUGCGAUUCGCAAUGUAUGUGAAAAGAACACAGCUAACCAAGAAAUCAUUGGGUCGAUGAGUCAAAGAGGGGUUGUCCAGCCCACCGUGUUGGAAGAUCUCGGUAUGGUGGUUGAGGCAACCGAUUCGGGGAUUUCCCUACGUUCGGCUGGUUUAAAUCAAAAUCCCUAGUCCCUCCACCGUUUAGAAGAGGGAACGUCCGAAUGAUGCAAAUAAACAAUAAAUUUUCGUCACUA